AUGAAAGGGUCGAGGAUGCUGUUGCUUCUCGUUUGCUUGAGUGUAAUCGCUUUAGGAGUGAUUGCUACUGGCCCACCAACAUGCCCUGCUGAUCAUGGUGGAGAAUGCAGUGAUUCGGGAGAAUGGAAAGGGGAAUUCUUCCCCGGCAUUCCCAAAAUUAAGUAUGAGGGACCUUCUAGCAAGAAUCCACUGGCAUUCAAAUGGUAUAAUGCGGAAGAAGAGAUUCUUGGGAAGAAAAUGAAGGAUUGGAUGAGAUUCAGUAUUGCAUUUUGGCACACAUUCCGCGGAACAGGAGGUGACCCCUUUGGUGCACCUACCAAGUAUUGGCCUUGGGAAGAUGGAACAAAUUCUGUGGCUAUGGCCAAAAGGAGAAUGAGAGCUAAUUUUGAGUUCUUGGAGAAGAUUGGAGUUGAUAGGUGGUGUUUCCAUGAUAAGGAUAUAGCCCCUGAUGGUGAAACCCUGGAGGAAACCAACAAAAACUUGGAUGAAGUAGUGGCCCUUGCUAAAGAACUUCAGGGAACCAAGAUCCGUCCUUUGUGGGGUACAGCACAGUUGUUUAAUCAUCCCCGUUACAUGCAUGGUGGUGCUACUAGUUCCGAGCUAGGCGUAUAUGCAUAUAGUGCAGCUCAAGUUAAGAAAGCAAUGGAGGUAACACAUUUUUUGGGUGGAGAAAAUUAUGUCUUUUGGGGCGGUCGUGAAGGUUAUCAGAGUCUUUUGAACACAGAUAUGGAAAGGGAACUCAAUCAUUUGGCAAGGUUUCUUGAAGCUUCUGUUGCCUACAAGAAGAAGAUUGGAUUCAAUGGAACUCUGCUUAUUGAGCCCAAGCCUCAAGAACCUACCAAACACCAGUAUGACUGGGAUGCUGCUACCACAGCUAAUUUCUUGCGGAAAAAUGGCCUUAUAGGGGAAUUUAAGUUAAACAUUGAGUGCAACCACGCAACUCUUUCAGGUCAUAGCUGUCAUCAUGAGCUUGAAACUGCAAGAAUUAAUGGUUUACUGGGAAAUAUUGAUGCAAACACUGGAGAUCCUCAGAUUGGAUGGGAUACAGAUCAGUUCAUGACUGAUAUCGCAGAGGCAACUUUGGUUAUGCUUAGUGUGAUAAGAAACGGAGGACUAGCACCAGGAGGAUUCAAUUUCGAUGCAAAACUGCGGAGAGAGAGCACAGAUGUUGAGGACAUAUUCCUUGCUCAUAUUAGUGGAAUGGAUACCCUGGCUCGUGGACUCCGAAGUGCUGCCAAAUUGAUUGAGGAUGGUUCGUUGGCUGAACUUGUUCGAAAGCGGUAUCAAAGUUUUGAUACAGAAAUCGGGGCACAAAUAGAGGCUGGUAAGGGAGAUUUUGAAACGCUUGAGAAGCUGGCCAUGAAAUGGGGGAACCCAAGGUUCCAUCUGCUAAGCAGUAGCACAGGUCUUGGACUUGAUAAAUUGACGAAGGCCCUGUGCCAAGAAGUAAAGCACGAAGCCUCCAAGAGGACUCCCUCCACAGCCACUCAUUUAGACGAUUAG